UGGCUGCGCGCUGCGAAUCAGAUUCGAUAUCGAGCGAGAUGCAUCGAAAUUUUACCCUUUAAAUUACUGUAUUCCAUUAUAGUGGUUCCGUUCCCAAAAUGUCCAAAUUACCUAAAAGUGCAUUGAGUUUAAAGCAGUUUAUGCUCCGUCAGGAGGUGCUCAAACUCUACAGAACCAUCUUCCGCACGAUCCGGCAUGUUCCGGACCAAUCCAGCCGGCACGAGCUACGUGACUGGGCCCGAACGGAUUUCCGAGCCAACAUGCAUCACACCGACGAAUUGGCGAUCAAAAUGCUAAUGCAACAAGCGAACCGAUCGCUGAAAGAACUGCAGACCAGUCUGGGUUUAAGCGGACUUUCUUCCGGGCCAAAAACCGGCAACAAGGCCUAAGGAUUUCG